AUGCAGACAGAUGAACCAUUUGUGACUAAUUUUUAUAUCGAAUAAUAAAUAAAAAUAUUAAAACCACAUCCUAUAGCUAUUAAAUUAAGUGUCGAUAUUUUAUAAAAUUACUAUUAAUUGUAAGCAGUAACAUAUAACAUUAUCAAAUAUAAUAGAGAGAAUCAAUUAGAACAUUACAAUCAUAAUUGUUAAAAAUUUAUAAGUUUUUCUAAUAAGAUCAAUUUGAAGGAUAAUAGGAGAUCAAUGAUAAAAUAAAUAAUUUACUUGACAAAAUUAAAAAAAUUGAUGAUAACUCUAUUAAAAAAAUACCAUUUCGACGUUCAGUCAAUAGAAAAUCAUUAGCAAAGUAUUUUAGUUGUUUUUCAAAUUUAAAUAGAUCUUUUAAAAUGUUAUCUUUUAAAUUAAGAAUAAGUUUUGAUGCAAUCAUUAUAAUUUGGAUUAACAAAUAAAGUAUUCCUAAUCAACUGAAAUGGUCUUGUCAAUGUAUUAAGAAUAUACAAAAGUACAUCUCCUUUUAGUAAAAAAAGUUAAUUGAAUCAAGAUCAAGAAAGAGUAGCAAAAAACCAAUUAAAAAUGUUUAUAUGCAGAAUUUGUGAAUAAUAAAUGUAGGCCAUAGAUAUGAAUCAACAUUGUAUUCAAUGUGAAAAAUAUGCUGAAAGUAAAAAAAGAUUAAUAGAGUUGAAUCUAGAAUUAGCAAAUUUAUGUGAUUAAGCAUAUUAAGAAAAAAGAAAUGUUUAAAUUAAAUUAGCAAUCAAAAAGUAUCAAUAUUAAUUGAUAUUUAGAAUGAAAGAUAAAAAUAAAUAAAAGCAAUAAACAAAUGAUUAAAUUUACUUUAGAAGAACAUAAACCUAUGAUGAUUAAGAUGAUGAAGAUGUUAGUGAAUAUUAAUAAGAAUAAAAUUAAAUUGCAAAUAUAAUGACAUAAAUUAUCAAUUUUGCUGAAAAAACACUAAAUAAUGAAGUAGAAAUUGAAGAUACUAAAUGUAAUAAUUAUUUAUAAUUAGUAACUCUUAUAUUAUUAAAUGAUUUAGUAAGUUCUACUGAAUAUAUUGAAAACUAAGAGGCUUUAAAUGUAAUUAAUUCCACACAUAAAUGUUUAUUGGAGAGACUUGAAUAUCAUAAAAAGCAAGAAGUAUAUAAAAAUAAUGUUAAAAAUUAAUCAUAAUAAGAUUAAUCUGAAGAUAAUAUUAAUAAAAUAAGAAGAGCUUUUACUAAAUCAAAUUCUAUUUCAUUUAGACUCCCAAAAUUCUAAAAUACUCCAUCCUCUUCUUUAUAAAGAAUAUCAACAGAUCCUAUUCAAGAAGAAGAAGAUUCACCAACACAACUUUAAAUGAAAUCAUCAUAAAAAAUUAUAUCUUAAAGAAGAGGAUUUAGAAUGAAUUCUUCAAUUUUUAAGGUAAGUGAUGGUUCUGAAUCCCCUAAAUCUUUAAAGAAUAUAUAAACAUCAAUAAAUUAAUCUAAAUCAAAUAGUUUAAAUAAUAAUGAAAGUAACUAAUCUAUAAAUUCAAAUUUUACAGAUAUUAAGGUUGAUUAAUUUUAGAAAUAUUCAAAUAAUGAAUAAUAAAAUGAAUAAGAUUAAUAAUCUAUUGCUGAAGUAAAACUUUCAUCAUUCAAAGCACAACUUUAACCAUUAACAGUUGAAAAAAGAUAACCAUCAUUAUAAGAAAUUAGUCCUGUUAUGGAACCAUUAAAUCUAUCAAUAAAAGAAGGAGAAAAUUCAUCAAAUAUAUCAAGUUUUGACUCUGGAUAAUCUAAUUCGGCAAUUAAUAAUGAUUUAAAUUUAUUAGCUUUACAAAAAAGAACUUGUAAAUAAAAAUAAAGAAAAAAAUAAAAUUUUUAAUCUUAAGAUAUUGAAAAAAUGUAAUAGUGUCAUUAUAAGACUUAACAUAGAAAAAGUAGAUUUUAUGAGAAUUAGAUUUGUAAAUCUCCAAUAGUUUUGCAUGAUUAUGGAAUGGAUGAAAUUUAAAUUGAUAAGGGAUAUCAUUCAGAUUCAAAUUUAAUUAAAACUACAAGUUAUUAAUAAAAUUAAGUAUCAUAAGUUGGAAUUAAAGAUUUUGAAUUUAUUAAACCAUUAGGAAAAGGUGCUUAUGGAUGGGUAUUUCUAGUUAAGAAGAAAGGAUCUGGAGAUUUAUAUGCAUUAAAGAUAAUUGAUUGUGCUUAAAGAGUAAUAUUUUUUAAAUGAUUUAGAACUUAGAAGCAUUUCUUGAAUAACUUAAGGCAGAAAGAAAUAUAUUUGAAAUUUUAAAUAGUAAUUUUGUAGUCAAAGCAUACUUCUCUUUUGUGCAUGAACAAUAUUUAUGUUUUGUUUAAGAAUAUAUGGUUGGUGGAGAUCUUGCAAGUAUUUUAAAAACAUAUACAGUAUUAUUUUUUAUAUAUGUUUAGGCUUUAGAUGAAUUUUAUGUUCGUCAUUAUAUGGCAGAGAUUGUCUUAGCUUUAGAUUAUUUAAGAUAAUAAAAUAUUGUUCAUAGAGAUUUAAAACCAGAGAAUAUUCUAUUAGAUUGUCAAGGACAUGCAAAACUUGCUGAUUUUGGUUUAUCUGAAUAAGGAGUCAAUAGUAGAUUAAAAUUAAAGGAUAGUAUGAAUUCAUAAAAUACUAUUGAAAUACCAACAUGUGUUGAAAAAAUGAUUGAUGAAUAAGGUUAUCAAACAGUAUAUAAAUAAUUGAAGAAAGUAGAAUCAAUAUUAGUGGAUAAACCUGGUAGUAAAACAAAAAAGUAUAUUGUUUAUAAAAUUUAGAAUUGUAGGCACUCCUGAUUAUAUUGCUCCUGAAAUAAUAUUGGGUACAUCUGCUAGUAAUUUCAGUUGUGAUUAUUGGAGUUUAGGAAUUAUUAUGUAUGAAUUAUUGUGUGGAAUUGCUCCUUUUAAUGAUGAUACAGUAGAUAAAAUAUUUGAUAAUAUUGUUAAUAUGAGAAUAGAAUGGCCAUAAAUUGGAGAUGCAGAAGAUUGUAUAUCUGAAUAGGCUUAAGAUCUAAUGAUUUAAUUACUAGAACCUGAUUUUAAAAAUCGUUUAGGACAUAAAUCUAUUGAAGAGAUUAAAAAUCAUCAAUUUUUUAAAGGUAUUUUAUAUGUAUAAACCAAAGGAAUUUCCUGGAAUACAUUGUUAAGUAAACCAGGUUUGAUUGUUCCUGAAUUGAAUUUUGAAUUAAAAGAUACAGAAAAAAUGUUAUAAUUCUUAAAAAAAUUAGAAAAAACAAAUAAAGAUAAUGAGAAUAAGAAAUUAACAUAAUAAUUAAAGGCACAAUUACAAAGUUUAGAAAGAAUUGAUCUACUUAAAUAGAGAAGUAUUUAGGAAUCAGAGAAAUACUUGUAUUUUUAUUUUUAUUAAUUAGAUAACAAGUGAAAAAUGAAGAAACUAAAUUAAAUAAAUAGAUUGAUUCUCUAACAUAAUUUUUUGCUAAGAUUUACUAAACUUAUUCGUAGAUGUAGUGA